AUGUUCAAAGUGGAUUUGCCUGUAGACGAGUCCACGGAAAAGGCUGUGGAGAGGCGUAGGGCUGCAGAAACAGCACGCAAGGCCCGCAUUUUCAACACCCGGCUUCGUGUGAUGGGUCUCGACCUCGAUACACUAAACCAACAAGUCCAGGAGAAGAAACACCAGCAAAACAUGGAGAAACAAAUGGACAAAGCUUUGGAUAAGUUGAGAAUAUACCAAGAUGAAGCACUGGUGCAGCAGAACAAUGCUGAAAAGGAGAAGCGAAGAGUUUUGAAUUCUGAACUCACCAAUUACUGGGCUACUCAUCAGCGAGCAGAGGACUCUCGUGAUGCUGAUCUUAAAUUUGGCCUGAAGGGGGCAUUCAAGAUCGCCAUUCCAGAGAAUGAGCUAGGGCCUGCCAGUAUGCAAAUCUUUAAGGGAGAAGGUGUCGGAGAGGAGCUGAGGAUGAGAGAACAAAUAAGAAAGACAGAACGAGAUCUGCGAGCACAGAUGGAUGAGAAUGAAAAACGGCACAUGCGAGACAAGCACAUAGAGAUGCUUGCGAGCAAAGAGCUGGUGCAACAAGACGUGAGAGGGGCUCAGCAAGCUGCCCUCGAGGAGGUGUGUAAGAGAGCUACCCGCAUCGCGCUCGACAACUACAAUCAGGCUCUGGCUAAAGAGCAAGCAGAGAAACUGGAGGAGCAACACAAGAGAGAGGAACAGGAAAAUCUGGCAGAGAUGUGGCAUACAAUGACAUCUGACAUGAUGACAGAGUGUGCAGAGGCAACAGAGAGACAGGUGGGAGGAAGGAGGCCACCACAGGUUCUACCAGACAGGUGGAAAGGAAUGAGUCCUGAACAGCUGAAAAGCAUUCAGCAGGAGAGAGAACAACAAUGCCUUGAGAGACAGAAACAGCGAGAUGCUGAAAAGAUUCGUGAAGCAGCUUGGGACCUGAAGCUGCUGAAGCUGUCCAGAGAAGCCGAGAAGGAGGACCUGAGAGCAGCCGAGCUGAGUAGAGAGCGGAGAAUUCAGAUGGACCGCUACAACAUGCAGCUGGCCCGAGAGCAGCUGGCACAGCAAGAGUACCUGAAUAAGAGACUGUACACCAACAAACCCACCAAGGACUACUUUUAUCAAUUCAACACCAGCUCCCGCUGA